GUUCAACGGUGAACUCAAUCUACAAUGGAUGUGCAUUUAGAUUUUGACUGAUAUGCAGAUUAUGAAUCUCGGUCGGGGGAAUUUAGUUGGGAUUAGCUUGUAGUGUGAAAUUAGGAGCCACAGUCACUUCUUUUGUGGAGGAAUUCCAAGUUCAUUAUGUGCCAGUAUUGUUAGGUUUUGGUGAUUCUUCUGGUACUGCAUGUUCAUUGUGUGAUUGUGGUUCUGUCUUACAAUGUCUGGAGGUACACCGGUUGGUGGAGGAGGGUUUAUGAGACAGAGACACAGCCAGGGGUACGCAAGCAGUGGCGAUGACCUUGAAGACGAUGCAUGCUCGAGACUUCGUCCUUUUUCUCCUGCAAGCUUUGAAGAAGAAAGAAGAACGUGGAUCGAGAUUUUGGAAAAUUUUCUUUGGAUUGCUUCCGCGGCUUUAAUCGUAUACUUCGGCGAUCGUGAUUCCAAUUUGAUUUACCUCUUGUUUCAUGACGAACGAAUCAAAAGACUGCCUAUGUAUCUUGGAAUGAUAGGUAUUGGACUAAAUGCACUGGUUUUCAUAUAUACAAGCAUCUUGGCAUGGAGUGUUAAGAGAUUUGAUGAAAAAUGGGGACUAAAAAAAUGGGAAGUAACAAGUGUCGCUGCUUUACCAUUCGUUACUGCAUUUGGACUCGUCUCUUUUUGCUCAUUCACCUUUGCAUUGUGGCCAAUAUGGAGCUUCCUGACACUUCCUCUUCUGUUCACGUUAUUUAUGGCUUGCAUGGUUAUAACCCCCUACCUCAUAAUUGGGAAGUUCCACCCUUGCUAUGACGAGCUCCGUACCGAUUAAGCCUCAUACGAUUCAAGCGAGGAAUAGUGCUGACUUGCAUGAAGGGUUACUAAGUUCUAACCCCCAUCAUUGAUCGGUAGUCAUGGUGAUGUAGAGUGAAUUUC